ACUAUUUGUCGCGCAACUGCAACAGAAAGAAGUGACUGUAUCAUUUGCCUGGGCAACAUCGUUAUGGUGAGGGUCGCAGAACAGUGGCCGAAGAAAUCCUAUGCGGCUCGGUGGUCACAAAUUGUCCAGGUGUGUUGUUAAUAAUUGCACAAAAUACGAUUUCACCUGAAGUGAAAUUAAUUUCUCAGAAAACUGAAGUAUUUUGUUUUAUAAGUUAUAAUCUAUUGUGUCGAAGUUAAGAAGGACGAUCUUUUACAAAAAAAGCUGGCGUCAACUAUUGCUCGUUGAAUCAAAUUUUUCGAAAUUUGUGGAACCUAAACCUUGACCAGUAACCGCUAAAGAGCCGAAAUAAUGAUAAUCUACAUGCAACUUUUAUGUGCGCUGGUUGUAACAGCUGCCAGCAUCUAUUAUUACCUGGUCUGCAAUUUCGAUUUCUGGAGAAAACGUGGUGUACCUGGACCAGAACCUCGGCCGCUUUUCGGUAACCUGAAGGAUGUAAUCCUUGCAAGAGUGUGUACGUCGCAAAUAGUAAAGGAGAUUCUUAAAACGUAUAAAAAUGAACCAGUGGUUGGAUUGUACAGCUACAGAUCACCUAUCCUAAUUCUGAAUGAUCCAGAUAUUAUAAAGUCCGCCUUGAUAAAGGAUUUUUCUAAAUUUGCAAACCGCCAGCGUAAACCUAACGGAAGGACAGAACCCAUGUCCAUAAACAUAUUCCAUUUGGAGUCGGAAAGAUGGCGGCCGUUGAGACAGAAACUGAGUCCGAUGUUCACGUCAGGCAAAUUGAAAGGCAUGUUCAAUCUGAUGGUGGAAUGUUCGCAGAACUUAGAUAAAUAUUUGGACCAAGUAGCCUCAAAAAAUGAAGUAGUAAAAAUUCACGAAGUGACCGCGAAUUAUACGAUGGACGUAAUCGGCAAUUGCGCAUUUGGGAUUAACCUUGACACCAUGAGCGACAAGGACAACGAAUUUCGUAAACAGGGCAAGAUGAUCUUCGAAGGAAGUAUUGAGAACGUGAUACGAUUAAGGCUGAGAAUGUAUUUGCCCCGAUUGUAUGAUUUACUUGGGUUCGUGUUUCCUGACAGGAAGAUUGCCCCCUUCUUCACAAGCAUUGUCACAGAAACGAUGCGCUACAGGAAGGAGAACAACGUCUAUAGACCCGACUUCAUUCAUCUGCUGAUGGAACUUCGAGACCAUCCGGAAAAGCUAGACGAGCUCGAAUUCACAGACCAGUUGCUGACGGCUCAAGCUUACAUGUUCUUCGCAGCCGGUCAUGAGUCAACUUCAACAGCUAUGAGCUGGGCUCUUCUUGAGUUAGCACAGAACCAAGACAUACAGGAUAAGUUGCGUGAAGAAAUGAGACAGUAUGCGAAAAAGUACAACAAUCAAAUCACCUAUGAAACUAUGAAAGAGAUGGAUUACUUGGAUAAAGUGUUCAGAGAAACAUUAAGGAAAUAUCCAGUAGGGUCGGUAUAUACGCGAAUAACAACUUCUGAUUACACUUUCGAGACUUUAAAUUUUACAAUACCAAAAUCAACCGAAGUAUGGAUUCCAAUACUUAUGAUACAUAGGAAUCCUGUCGUUUAUCCGGAUCCUACGAAAUUCGAUCCUGAAAGAUUCACCAAAGAAGCUAUCGCAGCUCGACAUCCGAUGCAUUAUUUACCCUUCAGCGAUGGACCAAGAAAUUGCAUUGGUAUGCGAUUCGCCGUGUUCAAGUGGAAACUCGGCAUAUUCAAAAUACUUUUACGCUACAAAGUGGAAAUCUGCGAACAAACUAAACUUCCAUUCGAAUUCAAUCCCAGAACAUUUCUCUUGGCGCCUAAGGACGACAUAUAUUUGAAGAUGACGAAGGUUGCAUGAUAUCACACUUCUCUAAUACUUCGUUGUUCGUACAACUGUUUUUCCAAUAUGUCGAAUACCAUUUAAUUACUGUAGUAGCUUCAGUUUGAUGAUUAUAAUUUGAGUACAAAAGUACCAAUUAAUACAAUGCUCCUACAGUUAAUACACGUUUAAUUUCAAACGUACAUUUUAGCAAUAAUUGAAUGGUUUUCUAUUAUUUCUAAAUAAUAACACAUAAAGCAACAAAUACACGCACGCAAUGAGCUCAUGCACUUAUAUGCAUGCUGAAAAUUUCAUCGAAAUCGAUUGACGCAGGUUCAAACUACAAGCAUUGAAAGAUGUAGAAAUCUCUAGAUAUUGUACAAUUAUUGGCCGAAAGUUGGAAAAAAUUUCGAUUUUCGCUAUCUUUAAUUGUUUUAUAGCUCCUAAAACCUUAACCGAUUUCGAUGAAAUUUUCAGCAUGCGCAUAAGUUGCACGCAGCGAAGAGAACACCAAAUGCAAUAUUUCACUUUUCGUUCGUUUACUAUUUAUUUUCUUUUGUUACUACAACCGAUUGCAAUUUUUUCAACAGUCUUUCACUUAUUAUCUAGUAAAUUCCUCCUCCCAAAUCCUAAAAAGUAUCAAGCUGCUUGGUCUAAUUUUAAAAACGUUAUUCCCUAUUAUAAAGUAGGCAACGACGUUUUCCACUAAUAGUGUGAUCAGUACAGGAAUCUCUAGCGGGUCUUUAACAGAUCGAAUAUAACAGUACACCGCACCUUUAAGAUUAAUGCCUAUAAAAAGAAUCCUAAAGAAAACCAUUUCUUGACGUUAAUUCGGCCGAACUUCAUAUAACCUUGUUUAUGAUUUAUAAGGGGAAUAAUGAAUACAUGAAUGUAUUUUUAACGGGACAUGUUACAUUAAUUAUGAAGUAACGUUAAAAUGGUUAUCUUCCUACCGAUAAAUCAAUAGCAUUCUAUAAAUUAUUCAACACUUUUAAACAAAUUUCAACUUUGUUCCUUCUACACCAAACUGAAUAUUAACGAUACGCGCGAAGGAAUUGUCAAAUAGUAAAUAACGUACGUAUACUGUUUAAGAUAACGCGAUUAUCAGGGAGCUUUUUAUAUCAUGAUGGAUGUCUCGAACAGUCGUCAGCAGAUGGCUAUUUUUCCUGUUACUACUCUAUUUGCGAAUACAGGGUGUCCCAGACACCAUCUACCAUUCAACUGUUCGUCCGUUGCACUCGACCUCUGAUUUGUCUGUGUUUUUCGCUAAUAAGUCGUUAACGAAGCAGUAAGCAACAUAUUCGCUUUGGAACAAAUUACUUCAAAUCACCUCUGGAAUCAUUCUUUUUUAGGUGUUACGAGAGUUCUGGAACACCUUGUGUUCAAAUGUCAUCAAAUGUCCUCCCGGCAUCCCAAAAAUUAAUGACAGAUUCUGCUUGAUAUCCUUACUAUUAAGUCCUUCUAGCAGGUCCAGACCGCUCUCCUUCUUUACCUUCAGUCCUUCCACAUUUUCACGGCACCGGUAUAUUCACGAAUAGCAACUUUUGAUUACACUUUCGGGACUUUUUGUGGAGUCACUUACAGUCAAUACUGUACGCUGAACGCUGUGCCAAUUCCAAGUAUAGAAUAUUCGUCGUGACAAUAUUACAGAUGCAACUAAUCGUGAUUUGCUUACACUACUGAAAUUGUGUGCUCAUAAAUUCAUUGAAAUAAAAUAGCUUUCGAUA